AUGAUCCACUGUAUCGCUUCAGAAAAAUUUCCAAGCGUAAGAGAGACACCGAAGCAAGACACCUCUGAGUUACCGGAUGCGACUGGAACAAAGUUUCCAACCACAGACCAUGGUAGGGCAUACCCAAAACCUUGGAGCUCGGAUGGGAGUUGCUCCGAUGAAAGUUGGGCUUACAAAGCGCAUUCAUCUCAGAUCAGAUACCUACCGCUGGAAAAUACCAAAAUGGAGGCCAUUUUGGAUAAGGUACAAAAGAAAAUACACUGGGGUGUUCGCGAGGCCUGCAGUGUGAUUGGACUUCUGUUCUUCACUAUCGGGAUCCUCUUUGUCGAAGGCGCUCGCAUGCUUGCGUACACCCUUCUGCGACCCUGGCUCCACCUUAUGCGAUUUAUCAUUCAUCUGGUCAGCAAUCUGUUCUGUGAUGUGUGUUACAUUUGCUCAAUUGGAUGCAGAAGAACUUGUCUACCAAUUACAGAUGCAUGUGCCACUUGGUCACACGAGGUAACCGUUCCUGUCAUCAAACAGUUUCGACCGGUGAGACUCUACCAAUUACGGACCAACCAGAGGACAUGGAGUCGCAUGCCACAGAACUUAUGA